UCACUGAUUGCUCACGUCCUACAUGCACUCACAUGUGUUGUGUCGUGUUUUUUCGUCAAAUUUGUCCAAUUUUCUAUUUAUGUUAGAUAUGUGGGCAUAAACGUACAUUUCUAAAGAAUUUAUAAAAUUUAAAAUAAAAAUGCAGGUUUUUGCACCGAAUAAUGUAAAGAUUUAUAAUCUUAGCGCUGGAAAAUCUCUCCCCGAGUGGUUGUCUGAGCGAAAAAGAAGAAGUUUAUCGAAGAAGAAUGUGGAUAUACGACGACGUAUUGAACUUAUACAAGACUUUGACAUGCCUGGUAUGAGUACAUCUAUUAGAGUUUCCAAGGAUGAACAAUAUAUUCUCGCAACAGGAAUUUAUAAACCACGUGUAAAGUGUUUUGAUGUAUAUAACUUAGCAUUGAAGUUUGAGAGAUGUUUUGAUUCUGAAAUUGUUACUUUUGAAGUAAUAUCAGAUGAUUAUAGCAAAAUAAUAUUUCUGCAAUGCGAUCGCCAUGUUGAAUUUCAUGCUGCUCAUGGAAAAUAUUAUAGACUUAGAGUACCAAACUUUGGAAGGGAUCUAAAAUACCAUUAUCCAUCGUGUGAUGUUAUUAUUGUAGGCGAUGGUAAUAAAAUAUAUAGGAUAAAUCUUGAACGUGGUCAAUUUCUGCAACCAUUUGAAACUGAAGCAACGUCGAUAAAUAAAUGUGAGAUAAAUCCAUUGCAUCAUUUAAUUACGGUUGGCACUCAGGAAGGAAAGAUCGAAGCUUGGGAUUUACGAGUAAAGAAUAGGGUGGGCAUACUCGAUUGUGCUCUACAUUGUAUUACGCAAGACAAGUUGGAAACGGUUCCUGCAAUUACUGCCUUGAAAUUUCAAGGAGGAUUGAAUUUAGGAGUUGGCACUUCAACAGGACAUGUAUUAAUAUAUGAUAUAAGAUCCAAUAAACCAUUUUUAACUAAAGAUCAUAUGUAUGGAUUACCAAUUAAAUGCAUAGAUUUCCAUGAAAAGAUGAAUCUUGUUUACUCUAUGGACAGUUCCAUUGUAAAAAUAUGGGAGAAAGAUAAUGGUAAACUUUAUACUUCCAUAGAGGCUCAGCAUGACUUUAAUGAUUUGUCUAUCAUACCGAACAGCGGUAUGUUGCUGAUGGCUAAUGAAACUAUGAAGAUGCAAGUAUAUUACAUCCCUAAUCUUGGUCCGGCUCCAUACUGGUGCAGUUUCCUUGAUAAUCUUACAGAAGAAUUAGAGGAACUGAAUUAUGAUAUUAUUUAUGAUGAUUACAAAUUCGUAACUGACAAAGAACUAGACGAAUUAGGUCUUUCACAUCUGAAGGGCACUAAUCUACUCAGAGCUUAUAUGCACGGUUUCUUUAUGGAUAUCCGAUUGUAUAGAAAAGCAAGGGAUGUAAUGAAACCAUUCGAAUUUGAAGAAUACAAAAAAAGGAGAAUUCGCGAGAAGAUUAAAGAGGAAGCCAUCAGCAGAGUACAGAUACAAAAAUUACCAAGUGUGAAUCAGGAGCUAGCAUUGAAAUUGAUGGAGAAUACUAACGUUAAUAAGAAGAAGCAAGCAUCUUCUAAUCUGCUAAAAGAUGAUCGAUUUAAAGCUCUCUUCAACAAUCCUGAUUUCCAAAUUGAUAAAAACUCCGAGGAAUACAGUUUACUGAAUCCUGUUACUUCUCAACUUGCUAAAAAUAAAGAUAAAAAAUUGAAACGGCAGUUGGCACAAGAAGAAGAAACUCAAAAUAACUUUGACGAGGAUGAGUCAAAAGGCAAUAGUUCGGAUGAAAGCUUCGUUCACGACAGUUCCGACAAUGAUAGUUCGGACGAUGAGAAACCAUGGGUUAAAGAAGUUCGAAAGAAUUAUCGAUUAAUAAAGAAGAACGAAAGAAAGAGAGAACAGGAAAGUGACGAUAAUAAUCUGAUCACAAGAAACGAACCAGAGAUUAACAAAGUUAGAAGUGAAGUAAAGUUCGAGGAAGGCGGGCCGGAAAAAAAGAAACGAAACAAAGCGACAUUCGGCGAAAGAUUGGCGAAUGAAGAAAUACAUAAUGUUAAAAUAUCUGGUUCGCGUGGUAGUAGGGAGAUGACUUUUGUCAUUGGAAAGAAAAAGCAACGUCCAGAGGUGAAACGUAGAACGGAAUACAAUAUGUUACGACCAGCAAAAAGUAUUUUAAGGAAGAAACGUUAAUUUUCACAUUUAUAAAUGUUAAUAUGUAAAAAUGUUAAUAUGUAGCUCAUUAAUAUCUUUGUAUUAUAAUGUUAUAAAUAUAACUUUUUUUUUAUACAUCUUACUGAUUCGUUCCAUAAUGCGCGCCGUGUUUUUGUAUAAACACAAUAAUUUGUUUAGCCGUGAUGCACGUGGAUAUCUCUGAGCAAAGGUGAAAUGUCAUCUCGAAGAACUGAUAUAAUUUAUAUUCAUAUGUUAGGGUGAGCCACAUGUCAAACUAUUGAUACAAAUAUUUUCUUUCCAAGUUCGGAAGCAGUAGACAAAUAAGUUUCAAAUGGCGUCGGUGAGUUACUACUAUUAAGUGAUUAAUUUUUCUUCAAAUCCAAUUAUUAUAGAUCGUACAAUCUUAUCAUUAUGAUUUUGCAUACGAGUAUCACAUCAGAAUGAAAUAUACGGUCUUCCAAUUUCCUCGAGAUACCAACUUAUUAGCUUUAAGCUUAAACAUGUUAAGUUACAGUAGAGUCGUGUGUGUGUGUGUGUGUGUGUGUUUUGAUUUCAGUAUAAACAAGUAUUAGAAAUUCCGUGAAUGCGUCUGUAAAACACAUUAAUUACGCGGUAUAGUCUCAAAAUUAUUUUGAAAUACAUGAUGAAAAUAUUAAUUUCUCUGUCUUGAAAUAAAUAGCUGAAAUCGUUGAAAACAACUCUAAAGUCCAUGAAACAAAAAAUAAAAA